CGGCGGCGCGGGUCAGCAGCGCAGGCCAUGGCGGGCCUGCCGCUGUACCACGUGACUCCGCGGCGCCCCCUCCGCGCGCCGGGCGGUGAGGCGGCGGAAGCGCCGGGGUCUGGGCCCGCCCCGCGGCGCGUCCGGCGGGAAGUGAGGUUCGCGGAGCCGCCCCUGGCGCGGGAGCGCGGUAGCUUCGGUCCCGCGCGGCGCGGAGAGGCGGCGGCGGCGGCGGCGGGCGGCCGGGGCGCGGGGCGGCGGGGACGGCGGCGCCGCGGGGCGGCAGCGGCGGGCAGGAUGGUGGGGGGCAGCGACGGGCAGGCCCCGCCGGACGCCACCGAGCUGAAGCGCAGGCGGAAGAGCCCCCGGUUGGCGGCGGCGCGGCCGGAGGAGGCCGAGGUGGAAGCCGUGGCCGAGCCCGGCCCCGGAGGGGCGCUGGAGGGAGACGAGCAUCACUUUGGGAUUCCAGACUCCUUGACUCGACCCCCUAUUAAAGCAUGUAGAUUGCCAGGCACUCCUUCAAUUUACUUUCCUCAAGAGAAUCCAACAAAGGAAAAAGCAAAGGCUUAUGACAGUAAUGAACCAGAGAUACCAGCAGGGCAUCAACCAAACCUUUAUACACCCUUAAAAGAAAGAAAGGCUGACUUCCUUGAGAAGAAACAAGAGCACUGUUCAACAAUAUCAGAGAGCAGAAGUAGAUUUCGAGAUCAGUCCAGUAUAGGGAAGCAUUCACUGCCUUCAGCCAAAAGUGAUGGUGAAUCUGGAAGUGGAUUUCACAAGAGCUGGACUUUGUUACUGGUUCUGUUAAUUUGUGUCCCAUUGCUUUAUGUCCUAUGGAGUGGAAUGCCAAGUCUUCUAGAUACAACUUUGUCAAGUAGAGAUACUCAAAUUCUGCAAGCAUUUCGGGCCCAGAUGAAUAAACUAAAAAAUACUUACCAAAGUCAGGACCCCAGCCUGUGGAAAAGGACCCAUGUGUUCCUUGAGAAACAUCUUAAUGCUUCCCAUCUGCAUUUGGAGCCAGCCAUCUUACUGUUCACAGCUGGCCAAGAAGCUGAGAAAGCACUGAGAUGCCUAAGUAAUGAGAUUGCCAAUGCUUUUGCCUUCUCCCAGAAUGCUACUACAAUCAAAAUUAAUGGGGCAGACAAAGCCAUAUUGGAUAGUGACAUUGUCAAGCUGGAGGUAGAUAAAGAGCUCAGCUCUGGCUUCAGUGAAGGUAAGAAGGUAGCAGUGGUGCAUCGUUUUGAGUUACUGCCUGCAGGCUCCACCUUAAUCUUUUACAAGUACUGUGACCAUGAAAAUGCAGCAUUUAAGGAUGUGGCUCUUCUGCUGACAGUUCUCCUGGAUGAGCAGUCACUGAGAAAGAGCCUCACCUUGCAAGAAGUUGAGGAGAAAGUCCGGGAUUUCCUCUGGGCAAAGUUUACCAGUUCGGAUGUUCCUAGGUCUUACAAUAGCAUGGACACGGAUAAGCUGAGUGGACUUUGGAGCCGUAUAUCUCAUCUUGUGUUGCCUGUUUGGCCUGAAAAAGGCCUUCCUGUGGAGGGGUGCGCAUAGAAGUUGUUGGAGAGGACUCGGGAAAGGAGGAACACACAAAACGUAGGUUGCAAUGGCUGAACAGAGAAGAACUUACUGUGGCUGCUGAGCUCAGGCAGCAUAUAGUCUUUUCUGUGCAGAGAAAUUCCACCAACUGGCAGGGCUAUUUCUGCGAAAGUAACUGGGGCUUCUUUAUAUCAGCUGCAGAAUGUAAGCAAAGAAUUUGCUGGGUUUUCGUAAGUUGUGCUCAGUGACUUAUGCAGGCUUGGUGUCCUUGAACAGGAAGUAAGUGUCCAUUAGUGCAGAACCACCCAUCUCUUCCUGAAGCUCCCUUGGUGCACUGCUGGCUUAUUUUCUGGCAGUGCAUAAAGCUGGUGUUGCAUAUGACAAGGUAAGAAGAUGCAAAAACAUCACCUUCAACUGCCAGAAUUGCUUACUUUUCUUCUAACUUAAGAAAAAACAGAAACUAAAAUUAAUGAUAGUGUUGUGAGUCUAAGCUCCAGCUUUUUCUUUAUCCAUCUGAUCACAACAUAAUGUCAGCUGUCUCUGGCAACUUCUUGAAAUGGCAAAAUUUCUUGAAACAUUUGUGACUUGUAGAGAACCUUUCAGCAAGCACUUCUUCCUUAAGUAAGCCUGCCCCAAACAGUUCUAGAGAGUGAGAAAAGCUGAAGUACGAGGAUUGCUUAACCUUAGUAGUACUGAUGUCAGUUAAAUAAUCCCUCAGCACCUCUCUGCCUCGCUGCUUCCAGGAAUUCUUGCUCCUUGUCAAAGUUCUGCAAGUCUUAAAAUUUGGGGGGAAAUGAUGAAAUGUCAGCCAUGUGUAUUUAAUAUCCCCUUUCCAAACAAAAGUUUAGGAAGACAUAGAUUAUUUCUCAUUUAAUAAGAUAAUUAUUUUUGCAUCAAGAGAAUUUAUUUAUUUGUGAUACUUGGUACCCUAGAAAAAUAACCUUUCUUCAUGUGUCUGUGUAUAACCUGCUGCUUGCUGUAUAAGCUUCUAGCGAAGAACAGAUCUGCAAUGCAUGUUUUUAAAAUACAUAUUUUUUUUAGUGUGCCUUGUGCCAAGAAUUCUUCACACCAGACUAAAACCACGUACUUGUUUCUAUUGUAAGUAUUUGGGGGGGGAGGGGGAGAAGAGAGAAUCGCAGCACUUCCAUUUCAUUGCUGUUACUGUAUGCUCUUAAACUAUUGGUCCGUGUACAUUUGGUUUUAUUGUGUAUGAAGGAAUGUGUGAAGACUGCUCUCUAAUAGGAUAUUUUCUUGUAACAGCUAGGAGAUUAGUGGCUCCUGGACCCAUCCUUUAUUCACAAGCCCCUUGAGUUGUCCUGUUGCAAAAAGUCCUUCUUAAACAGGAAAACCUCCUGAGGUGCUGGAGCUUCUGGGUUCUUUGUGCAAGGAAAGGUUUGGGAUGUGAAGUGGAAUGAAUCAAAAUCACUGUAAACAUAUAAAAGAACACAAUUUGAGAGACACAGAGAUAGUCACACCAGAGGUGGAUUUAUUGUAACUACUGAGAGUCAGCAAUGGGUAGUGCUUUUUGUUUUAAUGGUAAGAAAUAUAAACGGUAAGAAGACAUGGAAGUGCUGCUGUUCCGGAUGUUUAAGAAUAGCUCAGGAAGGAAAAGAUGGCAUUUACAUUUUGGACAUUUCACUGGACAAAUGUUUUGGGUUUUGUUGGGUUUUGGUUUUGUUUUUAAAUAAAACGACUGUGACUUAUUUCCAGGUGUGUCCUGAUAGCGUGUUUGUAUAUUAUGUAAACUAGUUCAGCAAUCAUGAAAAAUAAAUAUACUUGUUUGUUUCAUAA